AUGCAUUAAGCCUUCCUAGCUAUAUGUAAUAACAAAUUAUAUAGAAGUACAAUACAAUAUACUCCAGUAUUAAUCACCGUUUAGUUGGGAAGCAUUGAAACAGAGGUGAUGAAGCUGAGUGUGAUUACUGCAUAUUCUCCGACCACCGUCACACUCAAUCCCCAUCCUAAAACGACAACGUUUCACUCAUUUCCUUGUUCGUUGAGAUUCAACAACAAAAUCUCAAACUUGUCCCUUACAAUUUGUUCCUCCAAAUCACCAUCCACCGUUGAUGAGGUUAAUGAAUCGCUUAAGGUUGAAAUCGGAAGCCCUAAGAAUCUACCAAGUUUGUUGUUCCUUCCCAAAUUGAGCUUAAGUGACAGAGCUUUCUUUCUCUUAGCCUUCAUCGCUUGCACGACGUCGGUGGCUUUCACAAGUCUGGUAGUUGCAGCUGUACCAACACUAUUUGCGAUGCGUAGAGCAGCAAUAUCUCUGUCAAAGUUGGCAGAUACUGCUCGAGAGGAGCUUCCUAGUACAAUGGCUGCUAUCAGGCUGUCUGGGAUGGAGAUCAGUGACCUUACACUGGAAUUGAGUGAUUUAAGCUGCUUCAUACAUGUUCCGGAGAGUAAUGUUGUUAUUGUGCAUGUGAUGAUCAGCCAAGAGAUAACUGAUGGUGUCAACAAAUCUGCUCGAGCUGUGCAAGCAGCAGAAGCUGGAAUCAGACAAAUUGGGUCUCGUGCUCACCAGCAAACAAUGUCAAUGAUUCAGGAGAGAGCAGAUCUGCCAGCCAUAUCUUUGCAGCCAGUUGUAGCUGGUGCAGCAAAGAAGACUUCUCGUGCUGUUAGCCAAGCCACGAGAAGACUCAUGAAUAUGAUCUCUGGAGGUGAAAAUGGCUCAGAAAUGGAAGAUGACAGUAAAGUUGACGCGGAAUCAUAGAGAGUCGGCACUCUUCCACUAUUUUACCCUAUCAUUGGCAGAGUAAACAUGUCUAUAUGUUCCUCACAAAAUCUUGAACAUGAAUAGCACAUGUAAAAGCAUACUCAGAAUGUUUUUCAGUAAAUAUUUGGCGUAUUUCAAGAAUGAGAUUGGUAGCUACAUCUUUGACUCCUCGCAUUGUGGGAAGGAGAGUUUCUUCUGCUCGGAUUUGCGCUUGAGAUUGUCAGAACUGCAUGGCUACCAUGGUUAUCAUGUUAUUCACAAGUGAGAGCUACUUAAUUUGCUUAAUUUUAUUUUUAAGCAUUUGUCAAAAACAAUUUGGAACUUUUAUCAGGCAGAUGAUGGCGUCUUUUUACAUCGUGAACCACAGAUAUUUCUUGAGAAGAUGCUAGAUCUGAAGGAACCAGAGUAGUAUGACGGUGGUUUUCAAUAUUAACUAUUGAAUUGUAUGACCACUUCUAUAAAUUUAUUCUUUUAGGUUUACAACAAGCACGUGUACGUGUGGACUGAUUUUUUUUAUAGAUCAAGUACGUGGAUAUUUUUUUUUUUUUGGAUGAAGGACGAUGGUGGGACUUGAAACGUU